UGCCGCCAUCCAGCGUCUGAGCCCAUUGCACAUUGUACAGCAGCAAAAGGGUGGUGCCAGGGUGAAGAAGAGCGGCGAGCGGCCGCACCAAGAAAAAAGCCCCUUCCGGUUCAUUUAUUUACUCUAUCACACUAGCAGCCAGAUGACGCACCGUUCUGAAAUAUAGUAACAGAAGUGCGUACUGUUCUAGUAGUCAUAUAUCAAUUAAAAAGAUCAUACGUUUCUUCUUGCUUCUGCUUCUCUUCCUUCAGUUGACACCCAACGAAUAUAAUCAUUUAUUUUGCCUCAUAACAAACACUCAAUUCAUUCUCAAGCCAAAUGUCAGCAUCCAACACAGACGCCUAUUCUGCCGGUACUUCCGGUGUCGACCAGAAGGGUAACACCUAUGUUGCCGGCUCCAAAGCAGACGGCAGUGCAGGUGCCAAUGCUGCUCAGACUGCUGGGGAUAAAGUCAAAGGUGGAUGGAAUGUAUUCCAUGGCACAGGCGAGGGCAUUCGGGGCAACAUCAACUCUUUCGUCGACAAUAUUGGAGAGCAGAUUGCCGGACGAGAUCCAGCCGCGGCACCCCAGAGGUCAACAGCCGGAGGCGAGAGGCCAGCAGAGGUCACUUCCAAGGGUGCGGACGAAUUUAGGACUGGUGUGCAGCAAUUGAGGCAUUAGAGAGAGGUAAAGACAAGUUCAGAAGUGUAACAAUUAGUAACGCGAUGUAUCUGUAUUGCAGUAGAG